AUGGCGGUGAUGAUUACCCAAAAGGCCGUGCUCCCCAGAAAGUGCCCUGGACACAGCAUUUGUGGAUCUGCCUCUGUGGCCAGCACGCAAAUAGUCGCCUGUGUUGGGCGCUAUCUUGGAAGCAGAUUUACGUUAAACUUUCCUUACGUAAGUGUUGAUGAAACGUACUCCUUUGAUAAACCAGUGUGUGCUUGCAGUGAAACAUUUGCCUCAAUAGUUUUAACCACAUUUCAGGUUUAUGUGUCUGCUUUCAGCUUGGUGGCGACCAAGGAAAUAGAAGGUUCUAGAACUCGUACGGUAACAAUGUCUCCGUCUGACUUCCUGGACAAACUGAUGGGAAGGACUUCAGGAUAUGAUGCAAGGAUCAGACCCAACUUUAAAGGCCCUCCUGUCAAUGUCACCUGCAACAUAUUUAUCAACAGCUUUGGCUCAAUUGCAGAGACAACCAUGGAUUACCGGCUGAACAUUUUUCUGCGGCAGCAGUGGAAUGACCCACGCCUGGCAUACAGCGAGUACCCUGACGAUUCUCUCGACUUGGACCCAUCCAUGCUGGACUCCAUUUGGAAACCAGAUUUAUUCUUUGCAAACGAGAAAGGUGCCAACUUCCAUGAGGUGACGACGGACAACAAAUUGCUGCGAAUCUUUAAGAACGGGGUUGUCCUCUAUUCAAUAAGAUUGACCUUGAUUCUUUCCUGUCCUAUGGAUCUGAAAAACUUCCCGAUGGAUGUCCAAACCUGCAUAAUGCAAUUGGAGAGCUUCGGCUACACGAUGAAUGAUCUUAUCUUUGAAUGGCAAGAAAAUGGACCGGUACAGGUUGGUGAAGGACUCACCUUGCCACAGUUUCUCCUUAAAGAAGAGAAAGAUCUCCGAUACUGCACCAAGUAUUACAAUACAGGAAAAUUCACGUGUAUUGAAGUGCGAUUCCACCUCGAGAGACAAAUGGGUUAUUAUCUGAUUCAGAUGUACAUUCCCAGUCUUCUGAUUGUGAUUCUCUCUUGGGUGUCGUUUUGGAUCAAUAUGGACGCGGCCCCUGCAAGAGUGGCUUUGGGUAUAACAACAGUGUUGACCAUGACCACACAGAGCUCUGGAUCCCGAGCUUCACUCCCUAAGGUGUCCUAUGUGAAGGCGAUUGAUAUCUGGAUGGCUGUUUGCCUGCUGUUUGUGUUUUCUGCCCUGCUGGAAUACGCUGCCGUUAAUUUUGUGUCAAGACAACACAAAGAGCUUCUGCGGCUUCAGAGGCGGAAGCGGAAGCACAAUGAGGUGAGAGAAAGUCGCUUCAGCUUCACCGCCUACGGGGUGGGACCGUGUCUCCAAUCAAAAGAUGGAGUCACUCCAAAAGGUGCCAUUAGCACGCCGCAGCCUGCGCCAAAAGGUCACGAUGACAUGAGGAAACUCUUCAUCGACAGAGCCAAGAAGAUCGACACGGUAGCGCGGGCUGGUUUCCCUUUAGCCUUUUUAAUCUUCAACAUUAUGUACUGGAUCAUCUACAAAAUUGUCAGACAUGAGGACUUCCACCAGCAACAAUAGUCCCAGGCCUCGACGAGACAUCGUCGGAAGCGGAAAGGAAUGGCAGCGUGAUAGAUAAUCCAUUAGGCCAGGGAAUUCAUCUUUAACACAUUGAACAGUGGUAUUGGAAGAAAUUAUGCAAAUCUAAAGAGAAACCUAAAUGAAUAAGAAUAGUCAUCCAGCGCUUUCUGCAUUUUCACAUCACAUGGAAUACUUGAGGAAGGGAUUAUUUACCUGAGCUGAACAACACUGGCAAGGGAAAACACUGGCAGGAAUAAUAAUUAUUUAAUAGCUCUGUCCUAUUUUCUGUUUUUUAUCUGAUUGCUUCCAGUUUGGAGACAGUAAUAAUAAAACAAAAAAUGACUGCGGAACGCAUGUGAGAGGACCAUUCUGGGAAAGGAAGUCCUGACAGAGAGAGAGUGCAGGUAAUUGCAACUCACGGCUCAUCUUUGCGUUGGGCCGUUCUUUAAUCCGACUCAAACAAAGGGGGAUAAAGUAGUGGAUCAGUUCACCACCCCAAUUCCACCCCCUGUGAGAAUUAUCCUUUGUCAGAUGCUGUGAAUAUUCCUCACCCCACGAGUUAUAGAAACAUAGAACAUAGGUGCAGGACGAGGCCAUUUGGCCCUUUGAGAAUCACAGCACCGCCAUUCAUUGUGAUCAUGGCUGAUCCACAAUCAGUAAGUAACCCAUGCCUGCCUUCUCCUCACAACCCUUGAUUCUGCUGGCCCCUAGAGCUCUAUAUAACUCUCUUUUAAAUUCAUCCAGUGAAUUGGUUUCCACUGCCUUCUGUGGCAGAGAAUUCCACAAAUUAACACACUCUGGGUGAAAAAGUUUUAUCUCAUCUCGGCUUUCCCUUUAUUCUUAGACUGUGGCCCCUGGUUCUGGACUCCAUCAACAUUGGGAACGUUUUUCCGGCAUCUAGCUUGUCCAGUCCUUUUAUAACGUUAUAUGUCAGUGUAGGUUCACUGAUGUCGGGCAGGAAGGUGAAAGGCAAUGGUGGAAUUGAGCAACCUUCAGGAGUUUGGAACAAUAAGCGGAGAUCUCGCUGAGGUGUGCAAGAUCGCGAGAGAAAUUGACAAGGGCGACACAAUUAAGCUGUUUCCUUCCUCUCAGGGUGUCAGGGAUUAUGGGGAGAAGGCAGGAUAAUGGGGUUAGGAGGGAGAGCUAGAUCAGCCAUGAUUGAAUGGCGGAGUAGACUGGAUGUGUCGAAUGGUCUAAUUCUGCUCCUAUCACUUAUGACCUUAUGACAUCUAGAAAAUCCAGAACAAGGUACAAGAUCUCGGAAUAAGGAAUCAGCCGUGUAAGAUUGAGAUGAAGAGAAGGCUGUGAGGUACAUUGAAAAGCUUCAGUUGCGUGCUAACCAGUCAACGGAAGGACAAAACAUUGUUACAAUGUGACCUUAGUGCAAGAGGUACAGGGUUUGUGGAGUGGAUGUGACAGGGGGAGGAUAGAUUCGCUGAACAUAUUUUCCUGAAUGGUACCUUCAGAAAAAUGCAUUUAAUUUUGAGAUAGUUGGUAUGUGUAAGGAGGCCCGUAUGGAAAAGCACUCCCUGUGAUGGUGUUGUGAAAAUGCUGGAAGGAAUCUAAUAGCGUCUGAUGGCGCAAGGCAAAUUUUCAGCCUCUCCAUUGGAAGCACCAGCACUAAUAUCUUACAGCUUUGCUGCUUUACUACUACAGCGAUGGAGUUUUCUUUUGUGCAGGGUGCAUUGCAUGCCGUAACUGUGUGAUACAUUCAGUGACUCCGACGGCUCCGUCUGCACCAUCUGCGGCCCAGAUUAAAAUAGACAAUGAAACUAGGUGACGCCAGACUGUUCCCCAUUUCCAGCGCUUCCACUCAGCAUCCUUAUAGGCGGCAACAGGGAUGUGAUCGGCAAACACAUUCAAUCCACUCCACCCCUAGCUCCUCGACGCAAGCCCACGCCGCCAUUUCUCCAACCAAGGAAGCUAAAGGGCCUGUCCCACUUAGUCGGCUGCCAGGAACUAGUUUUAAUGGGAUUCACCUACGACAUCUGGGGACAACAUACGACAGCACCUACGACAACCUACGACAACAUCUACGUCAACUUACGACAACCUACAACAAGCAAAAAUUGUCGCCACUGUCACCAAAACAUUUUCAACAUGUUGAAAAUUUUGCCGCAGUCGCCUA